AUGUCGCGAUCUCAAAGUGAAGUUCGCAAUGAUAGAGCAAAACUUCUUUUGGAUCCCACUGAUACAUAUCCGACAAGAUCAUUGACUAUUCAGUCAGAACGUAGUUCUGAACAUAUUCCAUCUAUUAGUUGGUCAGUUCAUCCAACAUCUCCUUUAAGUUCAAAAUCACCAACGGGAACUUUAUCACAUGAAAAUAUGGAUGGAAAUGCUGGAUUUUUUAUGGUUGAAGUUAAAUUAUUAAGUGAUGAAGAGGUUCCAUUACAGUUGGAAGUUACGAAUGAUUGUCUUGGUCGUGUAUUAUUCAAUCAAGUUAUAGAACGAAUAGGUGGAAUUAUUGAAAAAGAUUAUUUUGGUCUACGUUAUUUAGAUCGUUCUAAACAAAGACAAUGGCUAGAAAUGUCUAAAACUGUUUAUAAACAAUUAAAAUAUGUUAGUCCAAGAUCAUUGAAUUUUCGUGUUAAACAUUAUCCAAGUGAUCCAGUUAAUGAAUUUCGUCAAGAAAAAAGUCGAUACUUGCUGUAUCUUCAAUUAAGACGUGAUCUUCAUAGUGGUAGAUUGAUUGGGAGAAAUUUAGAAAUGCAUGUACUAGCAGCAUGUAUACUACAAGCUGAAAUUGGAGACUACGAUAUUUUGUUAGAUUAUUUAGGAUCUGAAGGUUCAUUAGCUGAUCUUAAAAUGUUUGCUAAUAUUACACCAAAAACAGAAUUAAAAAUUGUAGAGAUUUAUAAAUCACUCAAAGGUAUGUCAAUGAGUGAUGCUGAGAAUAAAUUUCUUGAAAAUGCUGCAAAAUUUGAAACAUAUGGCAUUGAACCUUUAUAUGUCCAAGAUCGUAAAGGCAAUCACUUUUAUAUGGGAUUAAAUCAUGAAGGUGUUAUUACGUAUAGAGGAAGUAGAAAAGCACAUGUUUUUAGUUGGCAAAAAAUCAAUAAAAUAAGUUAUGAAGGGAAGUUAUUCAUUAUACAAGUGGAAUGGGAACAGCGUCGACAUACACUUGGUUUCAAAUGUCCAACUCCAGAAUCAGCUGAAGCAUUAUGGAAAUGGGCGGUUGAUCGUCAAUGUUUUUUCACGUUAAAUCGAUCUGUUGAUGCCAAAGAAUCCAAAGCUAAUGGUGGUUUAUUUAAACGUCGUCAAUUUUAUACAUUUACGGGAAGAUGCCAGAAGGAGUUAAUGCAGCUUAAUUCUAGUAUGCCUGCUAUACCUCAGCCCAGUGUCUCAAGAAGUAGAAGUUUAUUGAAUUUGGCCAAGAGUGUUCAUGAUAAACGACAUUCACAAAGUCAAAAUGAUUUGGAUCGUAAAUAUGUGGAUAGUAAUGAAAAUCUUCAAGAUAGUUCACGGAUGAAUCGAUUAAUGAAAGGUUUAGAUCAUCAUAGAAGUUCUUUAGAAACACGUAGAAAUAAUAAUGAAUUAGAUGAUUUAAAUGAUAAUCUUUUUAUGAAUAAACGAUUAAUUGAUCAAUUCAAUGGAGGAAUAAAACAACAAUUACAAACAGUACAAGAUCAUCAACAACAACAACAACAACAUAAACAUAAAAGUAGUUUAUCUACACCGAAUUUAAUCAAUAUUCCUGAUAUUCCUAAAAAUUCUAAUGAAAUCAAUAAUAUUGUUGCUAAGGAUGUUUUAUUAUCUAAUCAAAAGAAAUCUAACAAUGAAUUAUAUUCAAAUAAUAAUGAUACAAUUAAUGAAAUUAAUUUAAUAAAUAAUGAAAAACAACAAAAUAAUAAUAAAACAGAACAAAUGAAUAUAACAAAUAUAAUGAAUUUAAUACAAUCAAAUAUAGAUAAUGAUAAUAAUAAUAUUGAUUCAAUUAGUUCCGGUGUUGAAGCAAAUGCUGAAGCCACAGAGCAACCAUUACAAAUUGAUGUAAAUUUAAAUAAUAUGAAUGGUGUCGGUAGUGGUGGUGGUGAUGGUGGUGUAAAUGGUUAUUGUACUGGUUCAGUGAAUACAUUAUCUUCAUCACCAUUAAAAUCAGCUGAUGAAGAUGAUGAUGAUGAUGUGAAUGAGAAUAAUGAAUUUGUUAAUGAUGCAUUAAAACAAACUAAUAAUUCAGAUAUGUAUCAAAAAAUGAAAGUUGGUAAUUGGCUUGGAGCGAAUGGAAUAAAAUCUGUCAGGAGUACUGAAGAUGAACCUAAUCCAAUCACUUCAAUCAAUCCAAAAACAAACAAUAAUAAUAAUAAUAAUAGUGAAACAUUAAAUAAUUUAUCCAAUGAACAAUUCAAUACAAAACAAUAUGUAAGUAUAAAUUCUGAAAAUAUUAUCAAAGAUGAUUCAUAUAGUCCAAUUUCUACUAUAUCUAUAGUAAAUCCUUAUUCAAAUCAUUAUGAAGAAGCAGAGAUUAAAUUUAUUCCUACAAUCAAAAAACCAUCAAUAAAUUUAACGACUACUCAACAAAUUGAAACGAAUCCAAUUAAAUCACAAUAUAAACAAACUAUAAUUAAUCCUGAUAAUCAAUAUUCAAUUGAAUCAAUAAAUAAUCAUUCAUCUAACAUAGAAAUUACAAAACAAUCAUUAAUGAAUCAAUCAAAAUCAUUAUAUUUGAAUCAAAAUAAAUCUAUAACAACAAUGACCGAAACAAUAACAACGACAACAAGUUUAAAUAGUUUAACAACAAAAAUACCAAAUAAAUCUCAAACAUUAUUAUCUAAUCGUAUAGAAAAUAUAAAUUCAUCAAAAUCAUCUAUUUAUUAUCCAUAUGCAUGUAAUAUAACUACAAUACCUAAUACAAUAAAUGAUACAUUACCACCAUUAUCAUCAUCAUUAUAUUCAUCCAGUAAUUAUGAAAUACCAUUAAAUAUUAAAUCAAUGAAACAUUAUACAGAAUCACGUAAAAAUAUUAUAAUUUAUCCUAAAUUAACUCAAUCAAAUUCAAAUGAUCCAUCAUUAUCUAGAAAUAAUACUUCACAGCAUAUAUCAAGACAAUUUACAUUGAAUAAAAUGAAAUCAAUUAAAGAUUUAUCUCCACAACCAAGAGAUUGGUAUUAUACAAUACCAAAUUCAAUAGAAGAUAAACCUAAUUAUCAAAAUAAUAUUAAUCCUGAUAUUAAUAAUAUUAUAUUAGAUCCAAUAGAUAUGAAUAUAUCUAAUAUAAAACAAAUAGAUGAUAUGGAUCAUAUAGAUAUAACAUUGAAUAAGAAAGAAUCUAUAUCAAAUGAUUUAUUAUAUAAUAAUGGUUAUUAUCCAUUAUCUAAUAAGAAAUUAAAUUAUUCUAAUGUUACCCCUAUGAUUCAUACACAGAGUCAUUAUUAUAAUAAAUCAGAUAGUAUGAUGGCACAAACUUUAUCAUCAUAUAAUCAAAAUAUAUUAGAUAUAUCUAAUAAUAAAUUAUCAUUAGCUAAAGCAACAAAAUCAAUAAAUUUGAAUCAAAAUUUAUCCUCAUCUAUUAGUACAAAUGAAUUAAUUCAUAAAACACAAUCAUCAUAUCAUGAACCAUUACAUAAUUCAUUCAAAUAUCAUUUAAUAAAUGAUCAAUCCAUGUUACCAUUAUCAUUAUCAACAUCAAAUUCAUUAGCUUAUUUAACAAAAUCAUCUAAUAGAAAUGUAUAUCAAACAUUUAAUCCUCUAAUUGAUUCAUCUUCUUAUUAUAAUCAAAUAAAUAAUAAUAAUAAUAAUAAUCUAAGAAAAACAAUUCAUACUACUACUAAUACUACUAAUAUGAAUGUUAAUAAUAGUCAAAUGAAUAGAACAGCUGGUAGUACUGCUGCAUAUCUUGCAGCUACCGGUGUUGGUGCAUAUAAAUUAGGUGAUUCAUUAGCUUUAUUAACUAAUAGAACAGAUUAUUUAAUUGAAUCAACUAUGAAUAAUGAUAAUAAUAAUAAUGAUAAUAUGAUAAGUAAAGAAUAUCCGAAAUCUGUUACAUUUAGUCAAGAUCAUUUAAUCACUAUUGGAAAUAAUGAAAAUAAUAAAAAACUAGAAUCUCAAACAAAAACAUCUAGUCAUUAUUCAAUCAAACAAACUUCUUCUUAUACCCCAUCAAUACCACCGAAACCAAGUUAUAUACAAUCAAUGAAUAAUCAAUCAAGAAUAAUUAAUCAAUCUAGAGAAAAGAACAAUACUACUACUACUACUGCUACUACUACUACAAUGACUACUAUAACUACUACUGAUAAUAAUGUUAAUGAUGUUGAAGAGGAAAAAAUUUCAAGUAGAACAUUUUCACGAAGUGGAGAGAUCAAUUCUACAAUACCAACAUUUGAAGAUCAUGCUAUUAGAUCUAUGAAACGUGUUACAGAUAAAGUACAACAAAUUAUGAAUAUUGAUCAAUUAGAUAAUAAUAAUAUUAUGAAUUCAAAUGAUUCUAUUAAAUUAUUACCUCCAUUAGCUAAUAAAAUCAAUAAUAAUAAUCAAUUAAAUUCUAUCAAUACAUCACCUUUAGAUAUAUCUCAAUCAUCUGUAACUAAUUCAAAUCAUAAUGAUUCUAAUAAUUUAUCAAAUAUACAAUUAUUUUCAUGUUUACAACAAAUUUUUUAUUAUAUUAUUGUAGCUUUUAUUGUUUAUAAAUUAUUAAUUUGGUUCAAUUUAAAACCAACUUUUGGUUAAUCAAUCAAUCAAUCAUUCAUUCAAACCAAUCAAAAAUCAAGAAAAUAACCACACACACACACACACGCACAUACAAAAUAUGAUCAAAUAUACAAUCUCAGGAUACAAAAAAAAACAUCAAUCAUUAUUGAUUAUCGAUUAUCAUCAUUUUCGAUCAUCAUCGUCAACAUCGAUCAUUAUUGAUUUUAUGAAAUUAUAAUUCAUUAUAAAAAAUUCAAUUAUUUUACCAUAUUGUUUAAAUGAUUUAAUCAUGAAAUCAUUAUUAGAUAUUGUAGAGUUGAUUUAAUUUCUGCCCCCCUCCCUACCCAGAAGAUAAAUCAUUCUAUUGAUCUAUCUGUUUAUGUAUUCAUUAUUAUAAUUGUUCAUUACUAUGAUUGUUUUCUCGAAGAAAUGUAGAUCUCAUCUAUUCAAUAUUCAUUCUUUUGAAUGUAUACAUAAUUCAAUGAUUAUAUGAAUUACUGAUUAUAUCAGUAGUAUAUUCACACUAUUAUUAUUAUUAUUAUUAUAUAUGUAUAUGUAUAUGUAAUAUAAUAAAUGAAUCUAUUUUCAAAAUCAUAUCUAUUUUAUAAUGAUUCUUAUUAUAACAAUCAGAUAAAACAAUGAAAUGAUUGUAUAGUUGACAUUCAUUCAAAACGUAUCAAAUAGUAACACAUAAAUUGAGAAGAGAACAAGAUAAUGAAACAUAACAAUAUCUAUAUAUUACAUAGUUACUAUGAUAAAUCAUAAUUGAAUCAUUUCAAUCUUAUUCUUAUAUAAUCAUGAAAGAACAAAAUGAAACACAUCGAAAAAAAAUCUGGUAUUGAUUCGUUUUCAGAACAAAACAAACAAUUACCUAACUACUUUGUAUCCAAUUCAAAUUUCUUCUUUUUUGUUGUUGUUGUUUUCCUCUUCUCUAUGAAUGUGUCCAUAUUGUCAUGAAACAGAGCGAGAGAGAUAGAGAGGGGGGGAAGAGAUAAAUGAAUCAUUUCACAUUUCCACACUAUUUUUUACCCUAUAACAUCAUGUUCAUUUCCUUUCACAUUACAUAUACAUAAUUUGUUUUUGCUAUUAUUGUUGUUGUUGUCGUUAUUCUUAUUCCUAUUAAUCGAUUGCAUAAUAUUUUUUUGCAGAUAAUUUCAAUGAUAAUCAUUUAGUUCUUGACAAUUACCAGUAGUAUUGAUUUGGUUAUCAUUUUCUUUUCUUUUUGUGAAAAACAAAACAAAAAAAUUUAUUAUUUUUAUUGUAAUUUUGUUUUUAUCUUUUAUUUUAUUUCAGAGUAUUUUAAUCCUUUUGUUUUGUUUUUUUUUGUUUGUGUGAAACUAAGCAAAGUAAAGAGAAGAAAAGUAAACAGAGCAUAAUAAAGAAGUACACUGAUAAUCAUGUACUAUUGAAGGGAUAUUAAUAAUAAAGACAAUGAUUUACUUUAUGAAUAAAACUUUCUUGAUUAC